AUGUUCAAGUCGGCCGCUCUUUUCAGCCUCCUUCUCGCUGCAGCGACAGCCUCUCCCACCCCGAGCGAGGACCUCGAGGCACGAGCUUGUGCUGGUCUGGGCCCAUCCGUCAUCGACGUGCUAAGAGUCUCAACACCCGACAAUGCCUCUCCCGGCCAGCAGUUCACCCUCAGCCGCGCUGGGUAUCCCCCUUACAACACGCAAAUCUCCGCCAUAACAUUCAACUACAUCCCCCCGAACGCAACAGGCUGCAUGCUGGAAAUCAACAUCCCGGCCCUGUCGCAACCCAACCAGAUCGCCGAGGGUGCCACCCAGGUCGAUAUCUGGACUACUGACCCCUGGAACUAUCUCUCGCUGCCUACGUACAACAACCCCCCGAAGAGACGGGAGAUGGUCGGCACGUACAUCUUCCCGACGCAGCCGACGACUGAGGCGUCGAAGACUAUCAUUGCCUCGAAUACGUGCUCGGAUACCAUGAGCUUCCUCGUGGAGUUGAGCAACUGGCAGCAACAGAGUGGCAGUGUCACCUUCUACAAUACUUUGGGUGGAAAGCAAGGGAUUGAGCCUACUGGGUUCAAGAUGAUCUAUAAUUGUUAA